AAAAGCUAUUUUAUUUCUAAAUCACUUAUUAAUUGAUAUUAAAACCAAACUAUACUAUGGAUGAAGAGGAUUACGGCAAUGAUGACGUUGGUGGAGACGAUUUCGACGACGUUGACGAGGAUGUAGAUGAAGAUAUUAAUCCGGAGGAAGAGGCGGAUAACAUUGAGAUUAUUGCGCCCGGUGGAACAGGGGGCGGCGGUGUGCCCAAGUCGAAGCGCAUUACCACCAAAUACAUGACGAAAUAUGAGCGUGCGCGCGUCCUGGGCACGCGGGCUCUGCAGAUUGCCAUGUGCGCACCCAUCAUGGUGGAGCUGGACGGCGAAACGGAUCCCCUGCAGAUCGCCAUGAAAGAACUGAAGCAGAAGAAGAUACCUAUCAUCAUACGCCGCUAUCUACCUGAUCAUUCCUACGAGGAUUGGAGCAUCGACGAGCUCAUCAUGGUGGACAACUAGAGCGGGGUAUAUACAUAGCAAUACAUACAUAGCAACUUUAUUACAUACAACAAAUAUACAACUUAAGACAA